AGUUUGGAUCCACGCUUGAAUCGUGCAGUGUUUCAAAAGCGCUUUGGGGAGGAAAACAUCAACAAAAUAUAUAUGUAUAUAUAUAUGUAUAAAUCAGACGUUUGUUUGGAUUUUUGAUCAAACUUUUCUAAAUAUCCCCUGGACGAAGCACAAGCAGACAAUAAGAAGAUGCCUUUUUCAAGAGGAAAGAAGCCCACGGUCAGCAAGAUCCCAAAGCUCAACUUGAAAAGCUCGGAAAAUGUGGUCGAUGGCCCUCACGUCAAGCGGUCAUCGUCUCCUCCUCAAGGGGCUCCUAGGAAGAGGACCGCAUUUAUAGACCUCACUAAUGCCGUGUCUCAGUGUUUCGUGACGCAUCAGUUCAGUGAUGAUGAUGAUGUUGUUAAUGUCAGGCGAGCUCACAAGAUUGAGUUUAGCAAUCCUAUAAAAAAGAAAGAACCAACCAAGAAGGUGCAGAAGAAGACCUGGGUGACCACCAAGAAUGAGGCCAACCUAAAAAAGUCGGCCUCAGUCACUUCUGAGAGUUCGUGUGAGGAGCAGGAGAAGGACCAAUCCCCAGUAGAGAAACUGGAGGAGCCUCUUCCCAAAGCUCCCCUUCCUGCACACCUUCUGCCUCCACAGAUCCCCCCAGAGUUUGACAUCGACUCCGAUGCUUCGAAUGACCACACACAGACACCGGAAUAUGCCAAAGACAUUUUUGAUUACCUGAAGAAAAGUGAGGAGAAAUUUGUGUUGCACGAUUACAUGGAAAGUCAGCCGAGCCUGAACUCGAGCAUGAGGGCAAUUUUGGUGGACUGGCUGGUUGAGGUCCAGGAGAAUUUUGAAUUGAAUCAUGAGACGCUGUAUCUGGCUGUGAAGAUGACUGAUCAUUAUCUGGCUGUGACUCAGGCCAGCAGGGAGUCGCUCCAGCUCAUCGGCUCUACAGCCAUGCUUCUCGCCUGCAAGUUUGAGGAGCGGCUCCCACCUUGCGUCGACGACUUCCUGUAUAUAUGUGACGAUGCGUACAAGCGCUCUCAGCUCAUCGCCAUGGAGGGCAGUAUCUUACAGGCGCUGAAGUUCGAACUCAAUAUUCCUGUGGCGUAUCGAUUCUUACGAAGAUAUGCCAAGUGUGUGAAUGCCGGUAUGGACACACUGACGCUGUCCCGGUUUGUCUGUGAGCUCAGUCUACUGGAGAUGCAGUUUGUCCCUGUACGAGCGUCUCUGCUGGCCUCCGCUUGUCUGCUCAUCGCCCUGGUAACCAAGGACCUAGGGGGAUGGACACCAUCUCUGCAGUUCCACUCAGGCUACAGCGUGGAGGAUCUGGCGCCCGUGGCCCGAAAGCUCCAGCACAUGCUGAACAGUCCGUCAGACAGCAAGCUCGCCACCAUCCGCAGCAAAUACUCUCACAAGGUUUUCUUUGAAGUCGCUCUGCUGCCCGCCGUGAGCUCCGAGAAGCUUGAGAGGUUUCUGAAGUGAGCUUAAAGAGAUCAUAUGUAAUCUAUAAAGUAUGUAAAUAUUUGUACUUAAUAUUAUAUCUCUCCUCAUGUGAAAAAAAUAACGUCCGUUCAUGCCGUUCUACAGCAUGCUUUGUUUUUCUUAGUGCAGUUUUAUGGAGCUUUAAACAGUAAAUACUUGCUGUAACAAAAAUGUACGAAUAUGUUGUUAAAACCGUUAUGUAUUUUAUUAAUAAUAUUUCUCGAUUGUUGAUCAGCCUUUUAAAAGAAGUGUUCAAGCUCUGUUCUUAAAAUGAACCAUGUUAUUAAACCAUGUAAAUGUAUUUCUGUAUAAAUAUUAUAAAUAUUUUCCC